AUGGAAUAUGAAUAUCCUCUUGAUCAAAAGACGGCUUAUGAUAAAGUCAUAGAAGCUAGGAAGGUGCUAAAGCCUCUUAUGGAAAAGAAGCGUCGUGCCCGUAUCAACCGGAGCCUCGGAGAGCUACGCAAGUUCCUUUUGGACUCUGGGAUUCGUGACAAGAAACUUGACCCAGAAGGGUCAUGUAAACGUGUUGAAAAAGCUGACAUCUUAGAGUUAACGGUGCGCUUCCUGCACGAGAAACACGUGGACUGCGGAGCAGGGCCUGAAACCAGCCGUCAAGAAUCAUCAUUGUACAUUUCAUCAUCACCUGAACCACCGUCACCUAUUUGUGAGGCCUUCCAAUUGCCUGAACAACGUCAAUGUGCGGAGAAAAAUACCAUCCCACCUAAUGGCUGUUUGGGGAAAAGGCGAAAAGUCCGUCACCGCAGAUCUGACUCCUCAGGAGAAGAAAGCGACGAAGACAGGAAGGAAGCCAUCCAAGUCGUUCCUGGUGCUGCCAACAUGUGGAGGCCCUGGUAA